AUGUUCCCAACGCUACCGACCGACACGAGCUACACCCUCUACUCGCGCCGACACCGGCACGGACGCGACAUCAAGGCCGGCGACAUCGUCAUCUUCGAGAACCCCGUGUUCCUGCGCGGUCUGGCCAUCAAGCGCGUGAUAGGCAUGCCGGGGGACUACGUCGUGCACGACCCCUCUCAGAGCCCGACAGUCGGAGGAGCACCCGUUGACGACGGGACCGCGACGCGGGCCUCCGAGGCGAGUGCGAGUGCGAGUGCGAGUACGGCUGCGGGUUCGACCCCUCCCCCGGCAGAACCUACAAUGGUCCAAGUCCCCGAGGGCCAUGUGUGGGUGGCCGGCGACAACCUGGCGUAUAGUAGGGACUCGAGGUUUUACGGACCCCUGCCCAUGGCGCUCAUACAGGGAAAGUGCUUGUACAACGGGGAUGGCUGGUUCAGUUGGAGGGAUAUAAGGGACACGGGCCUGCAGCCUGUCCCGGGGGGAGAAGAGUCGGACUGA